AUGUUUUUCCGUUUGUUGAGGGUGGGAGGCCACUCUCCGUCCGCGUCCUUGCUUGCAGGUGGUCAGUAUACCGACCACCACGACCCCUACGACGUCACAUCAUUUCGAACAGUGACGAGAAUGCCGCGAUCAGCGUCACACGGCGUGAUGAACAUCAAGACGUGCCUCGCGUUGUCAUUGCCGAUGCUGUUGACGUUCGCUUGUUUCAAUGACGCGUUCGGACUCACCACUUUCGGCAUAUCGCCCAAUCAGAACCCGAAGAAUCAGAGGAACCAACCGCCUGGAAAUACAAAGCCAUGCACCGAUCAGUCAAACUGCACGUACAUCAAAGAUACAACAUGCCUGAAAGGAUUCUGCUACUGCGGCGACAACACGCAUCCUGUCAACGGGCGUUGUAAAACUACAGAGAAAGGACAAAGUCACAUCUGCCAAAAAGAAGAAGAGUGCGUCGAAGGAGCUUUGUGCAUAGUAAGACCGAAGGAAUUCCAAACGUCAUCGACUGCAUACUUGAACAACUACACGGUCUGUUGGUGUGAAGACGGAGUUGCUUUUCCUAAUGGAAAGUGUGCGGGUGAGUUACCUUUUUUAUAA